GUCAUUCACGCCAUCGCUGCUAAAAUGAGAGAUGGACCCAAAUAGAUAUGCACCUGCUGUAUAUUCAUCACUUGUUGUUUAAUAAGACGUGUAAUAAUUGCUCAUGAAUAAUUAGGUCACUGUGUUACCCUAUUCUCAAAGUUGAGCCGUCAUUAGGCUCGUAGAUAUCCGCAACUUUACGUGUAUACCAGAUAGAAUUUCAAGAUGGGAAAGUUAAUGUCAAAGGUCUUUGGCAAUAAAGAAAUGAGGAUACUGAUGCUUGGUCUAGAUGCAGCAGGGAAAACAACUGUUCUAUAUAAGAUAAAAUUAGGCCAGAAUGUAACGACUAUACCAACAGUGGGCUUUAACGUGGAGACAGUCGCCUAUAAAAAUGUCAAGUUUUCUGUAUGGGAUGUAGGUGGUCAGGACAAGAUACGGCCAUUAUGGCGUCACUACUAUGCCGGUACCCAGGGGCUCAUAUUUGUAGUUGACUGUGCUGACCGGGAUAGAGUAGAUGAGGCACGCCAGGAGCUGCACAAAAUCAUAAAUGACCGGGAGAUGAAGGAAGCCAUUAUAUUAGUAUUUGCUAAUAAACAAGAUUUACCUGAUGCGAUGAAACCCCACGAAAUACAAGAAAAGCUUGGACUGACAAGGAUGCGAGACAGGAAUUGGUAUGUUCAACCUUCAUGUGCCACCACCGGUGAAGGACUGUAUGAAGGGCUUUUGUGGCUCAAAUCCAACCACAAGUCGUGACCUAAGAGAACUGAUCAGAAGGAGACAUUUUUAAUACAAAAAUGUUUUUACUACGAUAUUCAUGAUGAGGAAAUAUAAGCUGUGUGGAGUCUGCUUUGCCAAUAGAAUCAGAUCAAGUGGUGUAUUGUCUUGGCAAGAAAGAUUUGGAGAUGUAUGUAUUGGACACAUGAUGUGACAUGGAGGUGUUUAGACCACAAACAAAACUUUGUAAACACCAGAGGAAAAAUAUAGAUACAUACAAUGCACAUUGAGAUCGGUGUUAAGAAGAGCUCAAGUUGACCAGAACAAGUAGAAGUUUCCACCAUAAAUACCUUCUAAAGAAAACUACUGUAACUGCAUUGUACUUCAUUAUAUGAACAUGUAUACAUACAAGUCUAGUUUUUUUCCUCUUUUCUGUUUUGAAGAACUGGCACACUUUGAUGAAUGUGGCUGACUGUUACCUCUAGUAAUGAUGCUUGUGCAUGAGAGAGCAUGUGUAUAUGAGAAGAGAGAGAUUGUGUUUUUUAAUCAGAAUUUUGUUAAUGUGGGUAUAUUUUUAUUGUUAUUUUAGGAGAAUUUCCAUAUGGGAAUACAUGUACAAGCUUUUGUUAAGAGAAAUCUAUAUAUUAAUACCUUCCAUCCGUGAUACAAGGCAACCUUACAACAAGCAAAUGAACACUGUAAGGUGAAUAUUCGGUCAGCCUCAUCCAUAUCCUCUCAUACUAAGUCUACCGGUCUAGUUCCCGUUGAUAAGGCAACCGAUGUAAUGUAGGAUUUCUCUAUAAACCCAUUCAGAGGAGUCUUACACAAUGACAUCUUCAGAUGUUGGUUGCAUCAAAAGGAGACCUUGCAAGUUUGUAAUAUAAGAAAAUAAAAGUGGAAUUAGAUUAACAGGGAAGAAAAGACAAGGAAGGAAUUUAGAUAUGCUUACUUUUACUCCUUUGGUGUGGAAUUGUUAAUUGCAUUCUAGUGCUGAUUAAGGAAUAUACCCCAAUUCUUGUUUCCAUUAUGCCUGUUUGUUAAACAUUUCUCCUGUGACAUAUAGGUUGCUCUUGGUAUUAAGGGGAUGAUUGUGUUCCAGGCUUCGAGAUUAAAAAAAAUCUUGGUGCUUACUCUGAUGUUGUAUUUUAAACAUUUAGUUAUGUCAUUUAAAGAUCUUCACUCGCGUUGGGUGUAAGACCUCUCUGAAAAUAAUUGAUUAUAUGAUGUACAUAUAUUAACUAUUAUGGAAUAUGUUUGGAGCAUAAGGAUUGUAUUGUAUGCUUGUAGUCUAAAAAACUUUAGGGAAAAAAGCACUUGUGUGGUGUAACUUUGAUAUAACAUUUUUAUAAUGUUUAGGUUAGGUCAUGUGUAGCAUAACCCUUGUGUUUUUCACAUAAAGUCUUUCAUUUUCAUUAACGCUUACUCCAAGACAUGUCGGUCAGGCUUUGUGAUUGUUAGUUUAAUACAAUGGUGUCUUCUAAGUUAAACAUUUUGAAUAUGUGUUAGAAAACUAGACUUACCUAAAAAUUUAAUAUGGUUUCAUGAUGUUGUUUUCUCAUUUUGUAACUUUGAGAUGAAAAUUUUGUUAACUAAAUGCUGCUGUUGCCACUUCAAAAAAAAAUCAUUAAAUUUUUUAUCUAGAGUAGCCAGGGAGACAAGUGAUAAAUCAUUCAUCUAACCUUGUUUUAAUCAUCAAACUUUGAUGUGUUCAAAAUCUGAAUUACAGUUACUGGUUCACAAACAUUACUCUGUGACGAGUAUCCAGUAAUGAAACAAACUUUAUAGAAAAACUCUUAAGGAUCUAAUUGACGGAACGUAACAUAGAAGCAUUUUAAAAUGAAACAGCUGGUUUUUUGGUUUCCUUUCAUUCUUUGGCUAACCUAAUGUAAUAAAAUUCACAUACUGUCUGGUUUUAUCUUAAUAUUUUAAAAUCUUUCCUUAUUUUUAGUCUAAGGGCAGAAUUCUUUUUUUAGAAAAGUAUUAACGCUUAAAUAUAUAUCAUCAAUGGUAGAGAAAUGCUUGCUGCACUGUUAGUAAUAAUACUAAAUCAAUUAUCAUUUGUCUGUUUAAAUGAUGAUGAGAGAUGUCCAAAACUUAGAAUUUCUUGUUCGAUUGUAGUAAUCAUUAAUAUUGAUUCAAUACUAGAAGUACAGUAAAAAUGAAAUUAAAAAAAAUUGGUACCUUGAAAAAAAUUGUGCUGCACUUUAAGCUUGGCAAUCUAAAUACUAUUAAGUUAACAAUUUUUAUAAGUCUGAUUGCCUCAUAUUGACCUACCCCUGUAUCUUGGUGUUUGUUUUUGUGUAUUCAUUUUCUGAUGGAUUCUAGUGCAAUUUUCAUUCUUAUUGCAAAUACUACAUUGAAUGUUUUCAUUGGAAAAUGAUACUGUGGAUUGCUGCCAGUAAACACUUCAGAUCACUCUGUAAGCAUUCUGGGUAUCUUUUCUUCACAUUAUUUGUGUUAUAAUCUACCUGAGUAAUAUAAAACUCCGUUUUUCUGCCUAUGUAUUUAGGCCCCAUCCUGAAUUGUGCAAGAUGUUUAUUUUUCUUCCCAAAAUCUUAAAAUCCGAUAUUUUUAUGUGUUGACACAAAAUACAGCAGUAUCUGUUCCCAGUUUUACUCCUACUUUUUGACACACAAACAUUCCCAGUUUCCAACAGGUUGCAACUUCAAAAAAUAUCCAAGGAACAUGCUGAAUAAACAAAUAAACAAGCAGAACAUGAAAAAAAAAUUCAAUAAUCAUAUUCCAGGUAAUCAAUAGAUAUUUUUUUAUAUUAAACACUUUUAGAUUUAAACAAAUUCUUACAGCUCUAAUACACUAACAGUGUAUAUGAUAUAUGAGAUUGGUAUGCAAUACUGUUUUAAAAGCCGAAAGAAAAUUCAAAAAGAAAAUCCAAGGACAUACAUAGAAAUAGAAUCUCUCCAAGUGUUCCUGAAGUCUUUAUGUUUUUGAUGAAUGAAAACAAUUUGUCCUGGAUAAGAAGUGUUUAUGAGGAAUUUCUAUCACUUUAUGCUACAUUUGUCCUAAAGCAGAACAUGUUGCAAAAGCAAGGGUAGUAGUUAAAGGUAAACAUGAUUCUGGAUUCUAUUUUACAAAUAACCCAUCUGUCAGAUCAUUCUUCAGGUACCUGGAAAGUGUAAGUGGAACAGUUCUUGUAUUUGUUGUUUACCUCAGAAAAUGUGACAUUUCAAAGUAGGCAAAUUUUUCAUUGCUUCACAAUUUUAAAGAAAUAUAAAAUAAUAAAAAUAGCAUUAGAGUUAAAGUUUAAAUGAUUAUAUCCUGGAAUAGAACACUGGAGAAAGGUUUGGAGAUGCCCUCUGCUUUGUGCAAAUGUUUGCUGGUGUUUUACCAUAAUGAAUGGCUUAUUGAAAUGGCAGCUUAUGUUGAUUAAUAAUUAUGAUUUAGGUAACUUUUUAUAUCAAUGAAAACAUUACGUGUUAAUAAAAACUGAACCACUUUACCAGUAAUCAAAAACAAAAUCUGAAAACAAGUUUGUCUGAAUGACAGGAAAUCAAGGCAACACAUUAACGUUGAAAUUUGAGAAAUUGAACUCCAUUCAUAGCACAGUAGUAUGAAAUAUAAUUAAAGAUUUAGUUAGGUUUCAUGAGGAAAAUAUGUUACUUUGUAAUACCAACACUAACUUUAACUCCGAUUUAGUAGGAAAUUGAUUUAUAUAUAAUUAUAGAACAGCCUACAGUAUAAAUUUAUGAUUUUCUGAUGGUUCAUACAAAGUGCCUUCAGAGUGCAAGAAGGAAAACGAACAGGUUUUAUUAAUGAGAUUUGAAAGGAUUUUGUCAACUCAAUUGUCAGAAAAUCCUAGCUAGCUAUAGGCAUUUGGAAUAUUAAGAGUGCUCAUGUAAUAUAUUAUUUUCUUUAUUUAAUUUAUUUAUGUGCAUAUAACACUGUUUUGGGGAGUUUUUGUGUGUGAUUGGGGACUAGUGAUCUAGUCAUAUUUCUGUCAGAGUAAAAGGGGAAGCCUGCAAUGAAUUUAUUUUAGUGAUGCACAUGCAUUACACAUGCUUGGACAAGUCUUUAAAUGUAAGUUUAAGGUCGUUGCUUUGACUUUCAGAUUGUUGAAGGUCCUUGCUUUUCCGUCUUAUCAACUGUUAUAUAUGUUCUUAUUUUCCAUUGUUAAUGUACAUGAGCCAAGUAUGAUUUGAAAUGCUUAUCCUUAAUGAUAUAUGUGUAUAGUAGUUGAAUUUAUAUAAAUCCUACAAAGUUACAAUGUUACUUGUUAAAGACAUUUAGCAUAUGUAGCUGUGUUAAUAUGUCAUAUGAUUAAUUUUCUGUAUGUAAACAUUUUGUAAUUAGUUUAGGAGUUGAAUGUAAUUUCACCUUACAAAGAUGCAGGUUUUUUUAUGCUGCUUGAAUCAAUAAUUUCAGAACAUACAAGUCAAAUAAUUUUUUUAAAAAUAAUCGGGGGGAAAAAUCACCUACUAAGUAAUUUUCACUUCAUUACUUUUAUGCAUGCUUUCAGUGAACAUGAGUACAAUGUAUUUCCUGUGUACAACCCAAUUCCUCACCAGUAUUCUUAUGUAAUAUCAUAUAUGUUAAUAUGUUACUCUCUUGUAUGAAGUCAUAGUGUUGUCUCAAAGUAUUCCCCAAUUAUUGUAAUUGAUUAAUGAAAAAUGUGUAUAAUUUUUCUCUGUUCUGGUGUUAGAAGAAUCGUGAUUUAAAAUUGACCUUUACAGAAUUAAUAAUGUUUUAGCAUUGGAACUCUGUUAAUCUCAACUUCAUUUUUUUAUGUGCCAUUAACAUAUUAUGAAAUAUACAGGUAUUUAGAAAUGUAAUCCACAGUCUUAAGUUAAUUUUUUUUUCUCCUUUGUUAGAAAUAUUAUGUUGCAAUGUAUAUAUAUGAUAUAUAAAACUGAAAACAUUGCGCCAGUAUCAAGUCAAUAGGUUACAAUUAGCCGAUAGAGUACAUCACACGCAUGAACUCUUUCCCAAUUUAUAAACAUUACUUCAUAGAAAAAUUUUAUUUGUAUUUUCUUCACUCGGUUUUAUUUUCUCCACCAUUUAAGGUAGCAAGUUAAUUGUUUGAAAAGCAGUGUUUUCUUUUGUUGUAAAAAAUGAUAACUGGUAUACACUAUAUAUUUAAAGUUUCUAUCUAUUACCACAGAAAACCAUAUAUUUCUGCACAUCACAUGGCUAUUUUUAGGCUUGUGAUUGAAUGCUUCAGUCUUCUUACCAGUUAUUCCCCCUUUGCAAGGAUGGGGUUAGUUUGUUUUUGUUCACAAUAAGGCAGUUUUCUUGAUUUAGAUAUCAUAAAGUAUGCCAAACUGGUUCAAUGUAUAACAGGGAUGGAAAGUUUAAUUAUACCCUUAAACUUUGGAACAUGCAUUUCUGCAACGUCAAAAUUGAAGUAUUUUACGAUACUAAACAAGUUUAGAGAAAAAUAAAUUGAAGAAAGUUAAGUCAAUUGGAUGGAAGUACCAUAAUAAAUUUACAGUGGUGACAAGUCCCCUGAAAGCUGAUUCCUACUGUCCCCUAUUUAGUUUCAGAAUUAAUACAGAAAUAUUUGUCAUGCAGUGCUCUUGUCUGGAGAAUGUCACCUGAAUUCUCCACAUAAGUAAUUUGUUCUCUGGUGAUUAUUCUGCAAUAUCAUACAUACAAGAUAAUGUAUACCCUUGCUGGUUGCUAGUAGUUUUAUCUCAAAUUUGAACAUUCAUCUAAAAUUGGAAACUUCCUUCCUAAGGGUGAAUCAAUUCAGAUAAUCUCUUGAAUGUAUUUAAUUGAGGAAGUAGAUCAGGUUUGUUUAUCGUUGGCAAGAAUCUACUGUAGGAUACGCCUGUGAAGUUUUGAAAUACCUGGCAGGAAUGUAUGAUCCAAUUUAUUUUAUAACAUUCAAAGUGAGUAUUCAUGCUUAAAGGUCCAGAUAGAAAAUCAUCAUCAGAUGUUAGUAAUCUCCUGAAGACCCUGUCAUAUGUGCUUGGUGGAAUAGAAAUACAUUUGUUUUGUUUGUUGAUGUAUGUUGAUUUUUUUUUCUUUAUGUUAUUAAGCAAAUGAAAUGAAACUGUCACUCUAUGGAGAACACUGCUAGAAACAUAAACCCAAUCAUUUAUACAUAUAACCAUAAACAGAGUAUUUUGGUGGAGAUCAUUAUCAGAAAUAUAUACAUCUCAUACUAGAUGUUCAUGGGGGAUUUAUGAAUUUAAAAAAAAAGCAGCUUGGGUGAAUGUCGAUAGGUAAUCCUCUUUAUGUGGUAUUAAUGGACUUCACACCUGUAUCAGAUAUCACUCUUUAUUAAUGAACUUUGUUGAAAUGCUUUUCAUGCUUCUUAAACCUUGGUAUGACCUUUUGUAGUUUACUUUUAUUUUUCAUUACAAAACAUUCCACAUUGCUUUCUUCCUACCCUUUCAGGAGUUACUUCCCCCUCAUUUGCAUGUCAAACAGCCUCUUAACUUAUGUUACAUAAACAAAUGAAAGUCCAUUUGCAUGGAUGGGUGGUUUACUUGCAUGCUGUAGGAUGGUUUUCACUACAACUAGUGUGGAAUUCUAAUUAACUACUAAAGGUGAAUCUGCCUACGUGGAUCAUAAUGGUUAAGUGCACAUGAGAAAUGGUACUGUAAAUAGCCUCACAAUUAUUAUGCAAAUACAGAAUACUUGAUACAGAUAAAGGAAACAUGUAAGAAUAUGUUCAAUGAAUAAAAACAUACAUUUUAUUACAA